AUGGCCGCCUUGAAACAGACAAGAGAUUGUCAAUGCAGAGCGACUCGAAUUGCGAUCCUUCCAGACAGAUUUGGAUUACUGUUCGCCGUUGGGUGCGCGGCCGGGUGUCUGCGUGGUCAAUGUCGAUCGCAUCGCCAGAAAAUCGCAUCUAGUCAGUCUGUUGUUAUCAUGAAUCUGUCUUCGUCGUGGGCUUCCAAACCCACAACGGCAUGGCCCGAGAUUUCAAUAGUCUUGUGA